AUGGCCUCUACAACCGAAUUGGAUCAUGUCAAGGCCGUAUGGCAGCAUAUGCGGUCGAACAGUCCUAUUUACAACUUCCUGCUGUCAGAAUUGGAGGUUGUAUCGGCCACUAAGGGAUCCGUCACUUCGCAUCUCACCCUCGGCCCAAAACAAAUGAACAGCUCGGGGACAAUCCAUGGAGCAGUGAGUGCUGCCAUUGUCGAUAUGAGCGGAGGGUUGGCCAUUUGUUCUCACGGACUCGAAAAGUCAGGAGCCAGUAUAGACAUUCAUGUCACGUAUAUCGGACAAGCUCACGUUGGCGAGACGAUUGCGAUCGAGUCCACUGCAAACAAAGUUGGGAGAAUGGAGACUUGCAAGAUCUGUGCCCAGGAGCUGAAAAUUGAACUCGAGCCUGAUGAUUUCGACGAGGCUACUUCGUCGACUGUUGGGGCUGGACAGACGGCUCCUGAUGAUCUCCUCCUCACGUGUGGAUGCCAUUUUCACUGGCAAUGUCUUCUAGAUGAAUCACCACAGAUCGCCAUUUCCAUGCUAUGCCCUUCAUGUUCUUCCAUCAUUUCAGGUGCAACUUCUGAGCAACCUCAAGUAAUCACCCGAUACCACAAUGAAGGCGGAGUCCAAGAAAACCUUGACAUACUCCCUCUCAUCACGGAAGAAGCCUACCUAGAUGCCAACCCAACCGCAAGACCAGCACGAGCAUUUUUGACAAUGUGUGCCGAAGGAGAUGUAGCAGGAGUUGUUGAGCUCUUGAAAGCGAUCGAAGAGGACAGAGAUGAAGAUGACAUGUCACCUGCCGAACUGCUUCGGUACCAGGACCCGCUAGAUGAGAUGAAGACCGGUCUGCACAUGGCAAUCGAGAAGAACCAACAGGAAGCUGCGUGGUUGCUUCUUUGGCUUGCCUCGAGUCUACCUACAGCCGCCUUCCCGGACGAAGUUACUCAAGCUGCGCAGGUGAUGAAUGCGGGGAGGGAAACUGCGGACGCAGCGGAUAUCAGGAGUUUGCGGGAUGUGCAGCAUCGGACGGCCGAGGAUUGGGCACAGAAUAUGGGAGGGGUAUGGGCUGGUUUGGUUGGAGCAGGUGUUCUUAGGGGGUAG